AUGGGUAAAAUUUCAUUAAUUUUAAAACUCUUCUUUUCUUUUUCCUCUUUUUUUUCUAAUUUAAUAUAUUUCUUUUUGAACUUGAGGAUAUGGAGGAAAUCGAAAACCAGCAACUCGGCUCUUAAUUUACCACCAGGACCAAGGAAGCUGCCUUUAAUAGGGAGCUUGCACCAUUUAGCUGGGUCAGUACUACCUCAUCACAGGCUAAGAGACUUAGCCAUGAAAUAUGGACCUCUCACGCACCUUCAACUUGGUGAACUUACCAAUAUUGUUAUUUCUUCUCCUGAAAUUGUUAAACAACUGAUGAAAACCCAUGAUAUCAUAUUUUCUCAGAGGCCUUUUAUCCCUUCAGCGAAUCUUUUGAGUUAUAAUUCAACAGACAUGGCAUUUUCUCCACAUGGAGACUAUUGGAGACAGUUGGGAAAGAUUUGCUCGUCCGAGCUGCUAACUGCGAGUCGUGUGAGGUCUUUCAGACCAAUCAGGGAAGAACAAACUUCAAAAUUCGUUAGAUUCAUUUCUUCUAGUGCUAGAUCCCCGAUAAACUUUAGCAGGAUGAUGGAUUCUUUGGCCUAUAGCAUCAUUUCAAAAGCAGCCUUUGGUAAGAUAUGGAAGGGAGAAGAAGUAUUCUUGCCCACUAUCAAGAAACUUGGACAAGCUAUGGGAGAUUUUAAUCUUGCUGAUUUGUACCCUUCCAUCAACUUCCUCCAAGUGAUCACCGGAAUGAAGCCUAAACUAAAAUGGCUUCGUCAAGCAGUAGAUAAGAUACUCGAGAACAUCAUGAACAAACAUAGAACCAGAAAGGCUGAGGGGAAAUUUGUUGAUGCAGGUGAGGAAGAGGAUCUUGUAGAUGUUCUUUUGAAUAUUCAGGAUAAAGGAGAUCUCGAAUUCCCUUUAACAACGGAGAAUAUCAAAGCAGUCAUUUUGGAUAUAUUUACUGCUGGUAGCGACACAUCUUCCACGCAUGUAGACUGGGCAAUGUCAGAAAUGCUGAAAAACCCAAGAGUGAUGAUAAAGACACAAGAAGACGUAAGACGAAUUUUUGAUGCACAAGGAAACAUUGAUGAAGCUGGCCUUCAAGAAUUUAAUUACUUAAAAUUGGUUAUCAAAGAAACUCUGAGAUUACAUCCUCCUGUUCCAUUGUUAGCUCCAAGAGAAUGCAGAGAGAGUUGUAUCAUUAAUGGGUAUAACAUACCUGAAAAAUCCAGAGUCAUUGUGAAUGCAUGGACAAUUGGAAGGGAUCCCAAUUACUGGUCUGAAGCUGAAAGAUUUUAUCCAGAGAGAUUUCUUGAUAAUUCAAUUGAUUAUAAGGGUACCAACUUUGAAUUUAUCCCAUUUGGUGUUGGAAGGAGUAUGUGUCCAGGAAUAUCAUUUGGCAUGGCUAAUGUUGAUUUGAUACUGCUUUCAUACUUG